AAAUGUACAUAUUGUAUAUUAUUGUAUACUGAUUAGUUUAUACUACGUUAAUAAUAAGAAGUAUAUGGCCUGUUACAUACCAUUAUUCCUUGACCAGGUAAAUACUCAUUAAUCAGGACAUGAUUAGGUAAUUUACUUGUUUCAAAAAUAUUACAGGAUAUUACUUUGUUAAUAUACUUUUGAAGCCACUGAAAACUUAUUGUUAGUUUAGAUUUUUUAUAUCAUCUUAUAUGCUUCUUUGUAAAAGUGAUUUUUAUAUAAUAUUUACACUUAUAUUAUACAAAUGUAUUAUAAGAUACAUACACUUGGUAUGUCUUCAGCUAUCAUACCUUUGGGGUGUGGAAUACCACCCCAAUUUUGUAACCUACGAUGACUUAACUGGUUCCAUUUUGGUAAUGGAGCAUUAUUAACAUAUUUCAUUAUUUCUAAUUCCUCCUCUUCAGUUAUAAAGUUUGGUACAUAGAUCGCUAAAUUUGGUAUCUACAAUGAAUAAAAUAUUAAAACAUGGAAAUAGUAUAUAACCUGUGUAGUAAAUGUUAAUCGUAUCAAAACAAACCUCUAAAACCACAUUUUUUUUAUACUUCUCCAUUUCGUUAUACCUAAAUAAAAUGAUAUAAUUAUGCAAACAAUUAUAAAAUUUUUGAUAAACGAUGUAUUUUUUUAAUGAAAAAAACGCAGCGCCACGUCGCAGGUAAUUGAACUAUGUAAACAAACAAAUGUAUACAGGGUGUUUGAAAAACGAGAUUCUUUUAAACAAGAUUUUCCAUAUAAAUAAUAUGUUUAUAAUUUUUUCAAAUAAAUCAGUUAUGAAGGGUAACCUACUUUCUGAUAAAUAAUUGGGAUAUCUUCUAAGUUACCGUAGACAAUAUGUAUUUACUACAUAUGCAAAUGAAGGUGCUAUGAAUUCUUAAGCAAUGGGCAUAAAAUCAAUUUUAUCUCAAGAAAUAUCCACCAUGUUAUUUUGGGUAAAAUCGACAACUUUUAGAAAUAUACAUCAACGAAAAUAAUUUAAUGCACCAUUUCAAUAUCGUUUGGAAAACAGAAAAAAGGAAAAAUGGAUAAGAAUUGCGCAAUAAAUGAAGUGGAUAAUAAAAAUUUGAUAUUUGUACAUCAGUUUCUUAUAGAUCAUAAGCUUCAAAAUACUGCUGAGACAUUAGUAACUGAAGCUACAUCAAAGGGAUUUAAAAAUUUUCCAAAUGCUUCAAAAAAGGAUGUGGACUACUUAAGUUUUCCUGAACAGUUAUUGUUGAGCUUUAAAACAGGAGACUGGAGAACAUUUUUCAGUGUAUGGAAUUCAUCAAUACCUGAAAAUGUUAAACAAACUAAAACAUACAAGAUAUUAACACUACAUCUACACGUGUAUUUUGCAAUGCUACCUAGACGUAGGAUGCUCUUACAUUGUUGCAAUGAACAAGACAAAACACAGACAAAUGCAAUUAAUUCUUUAACAUCAUUAAAUCAUCAUGGUUCUGAGCAUCAAGAGAAUUCUAUAAAUGAGAUAGAAAAAGAGAUGUAUCAGAGUAUGAGACAGUUAUGUAUGUUCUUAAACUCAACUGGCAAGGAAUUGAAGGAUGAUAUAGAAUUACAACCUUUCUUUGCAUUACCUUUUAUCGAGGAACCAAAUGCAGAACCAAGUCUGUCUAAAGUGUUUGAAGAAAGUUGGAUCACUGAACUAACAGAAAGUUUACUACUUUUUCUUGAGGAAUGCCAACAACAAAAUUUCAGAGUAGAAAGGUAUACUGAUACAAGUUCAAAAAAAUGCCAAUCUGUAGAUCAAGGAUCUGUAAUAGAUGACAUACAAAAAGACUCUGUUGCUCGAAAAAUAUCUGAACGUAAAAAUGUACCAAUCAUAGCAAAUGAUAGAAACAUUCCACUAUUUCUAGAUGACAUUGAACGCAAUGAGCAAUAUACUUUAUCUGAUGAUGCAAAGUAUACUCAAAAGUCAAAAAGUGUGCAGACAGUAUCAACAAUCUCUUCUACAGAAGAAGACUUGCAAUUGUCACAUUUGGCUAGUAACCAUAAAAAGUUAGUGCAAUGCACUCAAGAAUUAGCUGUAACAAAGUCUCAGUUAUGUACUGUUUAUUCCAAUUAUGAAAAAUUAAAGAGGAGGUUUCAUAAACUGCAUGCUGAUUAUCAUAAAUUAAUGAGCAUUGCAAGGGUCCUAACAACUGUUUUAGAAAACUCAGUAAAGGGCCAAUCUAUUAACUUUCAAGCUAUGCUAGAAACUUGCAUUAAAAUUUUUCCAGAUUUAUUUAAUCAAAAUAUAAAAGACAACUCAUAUUGUUCUUCAGAAGUAUUGAUAGAUAAAUCUCAUUCUGAGAUGAAAAUGCUUGAACUAUCUGUACCAUGUAUCACACCUGUACCUCCAAAAUUAUUGAACUUUAAAAAGAUUAAGUUACACUUGAUAAAUGGGAGCAUUAAAACUAAGUUGCUUCUCUUGCAAGCACUAAGGAAGAAAAUAACGUAUGGUCAACCUGGAGAAAGAGAGGAAGUUGUGCACGAAUAUAUAAGUAAAGACCUUCUAGGGCUCUAUGGACAAAUUGCAACGUAUAAGGGUAUAUCUAUUUUACCAUAUUUAUUAACUCCAGACAAUGUUAGUAUGUCCCAUCCAUUGCAACAGUCAACUACAAGAUUAUUAAAUGCAUUGGCAUCGUUUAGAUGUGGACGAGAUUAUUUGUCAUUCGAUUCUACUGUUAUUGAUGUUGUAUUCAAGUGUCUAAAUAGUGACAGUAAUACAGACACAUUUACUUGUAACAUGAUAAUUGCUGUGCUGCAAAAAUUAUCGUUACGUAAACAACAAAGAAUAUAUAUGAUAGAAAAUGGAUUAGUAGAAUGGUUAAUACAUCAUUUACAUGAUUAUUACUGUGUUAUGAAUUCUUAUCGACUAGAGUAUGCUACAGCUCUACUAAUGAACUUAUCAUUGCACCCAAUUGCUCAAAAAAGAGCAUCUACAUUGGCAUCCUUACUUAUAUCAACAUUAACUGACUUGCUCCUAACAGAUCAUUCUUCUACCUUACUGUAUAUUACUGGGGCAUUAAAUCAUUUUUUGAAAAAUCACACCAUUAAUGAAGAAAGUAAGAAGAUGGAGUUUUCAUCCCUAUUAGAACAAUAUAACAAACACAAAGAUGGUGAAGUAAGGGAGCAUCUAGAACAUAUCUUGAAAAUACACAGGGGUGAAAUUACCAUUAAAACAGAUAUUGAAGACAUUGUAGACAAUGAUAGUGAAGAAUUUGAUGUGGUGGAAAAUGAGUUAGAAGAAAAUGAUCCUAUAAAAUCUAACUAUGGAGAGUUAUGUGGAGAAACAUUGCUUGCAUAUUGUUAUGCUACAGUAUUAAAAACUAGUCAGGACAAGGAAAUGAAUUCAGAAACAUUGUCAUAUACUUUAGUACACGAUAAUGAAGAACAAGUUAGAAGUUUACAUUAUGAACAUACAUCAGUAUCAAAUGAACAAAAUUUGUCAAGGAAAAAUAGUAAAAUAACACUUGAGUCUUCAAUGACCUUAGAGGUUGGAAAUGUAACUGAUUCAAGAGCUACAUUCGAUCGUAAUCUUGGGAAAAUCGGAACAGUUAUGGAUAAACUCAGCAGUAUAGCAUCAUUGAAUGUUUGUAAUGACAACAAAGUUACAAUUGAUAAUACUUCUUACACCCAGGAGAGUGAACUUGAUACAGAAGAUGCAUUUCAAACUAAACCAAAGCUUCCUCGAACUCCACCAGAAUUAAUAUUAAAUUUUUCUAAUAAUUUUUAUAACAAAAGGUUGGACACGUGAAUAUUCGUAAUAUCUUUCAAAUAAUUUUAUUUUAAACAACGUAUAAACAGUAAUAUCUAUAAUUAAUUUUAAAUACUCAUACAAUAAAUAUGUACAAAAUAUAACAUGUUCAUCACAUCUGUCACACAAGGAUCAUUAAUAAUAUCCAGCAUAUAUAUUUCCAUAUCCUGGUAUGUAUCCACUACUACUUCGAUAUCUUCUAAGCAUGGGACUAUCUGUGUAGCUAUUGCUAUUAAAAUUACCAUGUACAUUUGGCAUGGGAGAAUAUCCAACUGAAGAGCUGCUAGGGUAACUCAUGUAAUUUGGUUUAAUUUUGUAACCUCCAGCAAUUUUACUUAGAUAUGAUGGUCCUCCAGGAUAAGUUUGAGUACUGUAACUACUUGGCCUACUAUCUUUAAACGCUGUUACUUUUCCUUUUCCAUAAUUACCAAGCGAAUAAUCGGUUUCUUGAUCUUUUGAAAGAUAGUUUGAGCCAGUGUUAGGAGUAUAAUCUCCCGAGUACUUGUUAUAUUUAGUGUAUUUUCCUGAAUUGUAAAGAUCAGAACCUCCUCUUAAGUUAGCAAUAAAGCUGUUACCAGAGCUUGAUAAAUACGUUGGAGACCCAUAAUCCCUUCCUC